UGAUUUCCUGACGUUAGCGUACUGAUAUAUUGGCUAAAACAUCACACUGAAUAAGGGUAAAACGACAAUGACAAUGAAAAGUGAAGAAGGUGUACUGCUGCCUAAUGAGCUUUCACCGAAGACGGAAGUUGCUAGCAGUGAGUUCUCUCACUUUGCGGUCUGUGACUUCCGCUAGCUUACCCAGGCAGAGCAUACAGACCUUUUUGGUGUUGUAAACACAGUUGUCAGAAGAAGUUUUCUGACGUGUUAGCGAUUGUCACGCGUUGUAACAAUACUUUAGCUGCACUCUUUUAAAAAGUUGUGAGCCUCUCUUGUGUAAAAAGCCGACUGGUGUUGCCAACUGUGGAUAUAAAUACAUCAACCUUGACUAGCAUACUUGGUCCUGGACAAUGCAGGUGCACACAGUGGUUCUCAACUCCAGACCUGGUACAGACGGGGUGCCAGUUCCUGAAAACUUCCGCCUAGAGGAGAAGACUUUAACAACAGACCUCAAGGAUGGAGAAGUGCUCGUCCGAACGCUUUACCUCUCAGUUGACCCCUACAUGCGAUGCCGAAUGAACGAAGAAACAGGUGCAGAUUACCUGAAGCCGUGGCAGCUGUCCGAGUGUUUGGAUGGUGGCGGUGUGGGUGUGGUGGAGUCCAGCCGCUGCACUUCCUGUCCUGAGGGAUGCGUGGUCACCUCCUUUAACUGGCCUUGGCAAACUCAUGCUGUUAUGAAAGGAGGUGCCUUACAGAAGGUGGAUCCACAGUUAGUUGAUGGGCAUUUGUCCUACUUUUUGGGUGCGGUUGGCAUCACUGGCCUCACUGCAUUGCUGGGAGUACGGGAGAAAGGUCACGUGACAAAAGGGGCCAAUCAGACCAUGGUUGUGAGCGGUGCUGCUGGGGCCUGUGGUUCCAUAGCUGGACAGAUCGGCCGGCUGGACGGUUGUGUGAGAGUUGUCGGCAUCUGUGGCUCUGAUGACAAGUGCAGAGCUUUAGUAGAAGACUUAGGUUUCUCUGCAGCCAUUAACUAUCGCCAAGACGAUGUCUGUGCGAGGCUAAAGGAGUGCUGCCCCGACGGCAUUGAUGUUUACUUUGACAACGUGGGAGGACACAUCAGUGAGACUGUCAUAGCACAGAUGAACAAAGGUAGCCAUGUAAUCCUGUGCGGGCAGAUCUCUCAGUAUAAUAAGGAUGUGCCGUAUCCUCCGCCCCUGAGCGUGGAAACACAGAACGCCCUGCAAAGAAACUGCAUCACCCGGGAACGCUUUCUGGUGCUCAGCUACAUGCACAAAGCAGAGGCUGCCCUGUGUGAGCUCAGCCAGUGGGUGAAAUCAGGUCAAAUCAAGGUGCUAGAAACUGUGGUCAAUGGCAUUGAAAAUAUGGGAGUUGCUUUCUGCUCUAUGAUGAAAGGAGGAAACGUUGGGAAGCAAAUAAUAAAGAUAUCGGACUGAAGAAAACACCAAACAUCUUCCUACAGAUGCCUGGGGAAAUUAGCCUUUGGAUGGAUUUAAUAUUAAUUCAGUGAUCUGUGAUGAUAUAUUGCAUUGAUUAUAGUUGAUACUCAUGUGAAACUGCUAAUGAAGAAUCAUGUUGAGAAAAAUACUUGGAACAGAGUUAAAACAUUUAACACUUGUUGAUAAUCAGUUUAGUUUCAUGAGCGACGCAGCAGUCAAAUAACUAGUGUAAAACUGCAGGAGUGGAUUAUACAUAUUAAAAUAUACUAAACAGCAAAAGUAUGUUGGGGUGAAAACAAUAAUACUGAUCCUGAUAUGAUUGUGUUAUUGUCACUAAUGUCAUAAAUUUCUCUCGUACUUUGCGUUCUCUAACUGAAACACUAUGUUGAAAGCAAAAUGAACCAUUUGACUGUAAUUAGUUUUGAAGUUCUACCAUCAGAUUAUGUUAAUUACAUGUUGUAAUGUUUUUGUGUUGAGGAAAAAGCAGAACACUGCCUUGAAAAUGAAGAAACUGAACACUAAAUCAUGAAAUCAGAGACUAAAGCUAUUUUUGUUACGUUUUACUUUUGUGUUGUCUUGCUUCUUGUACAUCAUUUUCAAUACUGUGUCGUUACAUCUGUUACCUUUGCCAUUUUCAUCUCACAUUUUUCAUUACUUUAUCUUUUCUAUAAUUUUUCGCAUAUCUAUGUUGCUACUGUUUUGUUACAGCUUUUAUGUCAUUCUUGUCUUAUGUAAUUUUUCAUUUUCAUUUCAUCUUGUACAAUACUUAAAAAA